UUUAAAUGUGACACUUGUACUAAAAAUUGUUUUUUAUUGAUUAUAUCAAGUUAUAUGAUGAAGAUAUACUGCGGUUUGAACAUGUUAUAAACUAAUUUAUCUAAUUCAAUCAGAAUACCUAUCUUAAACCUUUUCAGCAAAAUGUACCUAAAGAACGAUUUAAAGCAGCUGUUAAAGCCAUAUUAUAUUGUAAACAUAAUUCUCAGCAUUUCUUACAUAAUUUUAAAGAAAUUACCUGGAGUGUGCAAUUAUAUUUUCUCAACUAAUGAUUGUGAGCUUGAUGGGCGUGAAACAGAAUUAUUGUUCUUUCUAUUGAUUGUGGUAAUGAUAAGGACAAGAAAAAGUGGAAAUGUAACUAUGAUCAAUUACAUUUCAUCCAGUUUUAUUUACACAAAAGUAGCCAAUUUGGUUCUUUGGUUCUAUGCAGAUUACAUUUAUGGAACAAUUUAUGGCAUAUUAUUUAUAUUAUCAGCACUAUGUCUUCCUGAACCUACAUAUUCUGGUCCAGACAAAGUGAUAUACUUUCGUGACGCAAAAGGAUUAGAAGACGAAUUAAAUCGCGAUAAAAAGAAAGUAUGGCUGGUCACGUUCUACACCAUGUGGAACCCAAAUUGCGUCAGUUUUGCACCGACAUUUGCGAAACUGAGCAAUGAAUAUUGCUUAGAAAAUCUGGGUUUCGGAAAAGUCGACGUUGGUCGUUAUCCAGAAGCGGCCGCAAAAUAUAAAAUAAACGACAGCAGUUUGAGCCAGCAAUUACCAACGGUAAUUCUUUUUGUAGAAGGAAAAGAGACUAUAAGACGACCUGUUGUUGAUUCAAAAGGGAAAGUUGUCAAAUUUAUACUUUCCCCUGAAAAUAUCAAAGCUGCGUUCGAUUUAAAUAAUUUAUACGAAAAUUGUACAAAAAAUUUGAAAACUCCGAAACAUAUUAAACAGGAAUAAUUUACCUUUGGAGAAAAUAUAUUUUCGAAUUUU